CAGUUUUGACGGCUCAUGUCAAUCACCAAUCAAAACCGUCAAAUCUUUCACCCUGCAGCCUUUUACAGCACAUUAAAAUGGGUUACUGUGUCAGAAGCUCUUUGCGCAUGACACUUGCGCAUGGAAGUAGCAGAAUGCACGGAUUUGAUUGGUCGAAGCGUGCAUAGAUUUCCUAAUUAUGUAUGCAAGCCGCCAUUAGCUGUGAGUGGCAGAGACACUGUUCCCUCCCAGAUUGCGGGGUGAAAAAUUGUUUAUGUUAUGAGGAUCACAUGUAUCAACGUCAUCAGUUGAAAGUUGCUCAAUAGUUCUGUGCAUUGUUUGUUUUAAUGCUGUUUCAGUUCUAGACCAUCUCUGUGAAGCGUACCCUCUGUGGGAUACGCGCAGCGGAGUGAAACGACUCGGUACUUUCUUUCUUGGAGAGGCAGUCGAGGGCGUUCACAAUUGAAUUCAAGAUGGACGAUCAACAAAGACUCAUGCACCCAUCGCAGGGUCAAGUCAGCAUGGCUGGCGUGAUGCCUCAGCAAGGUUAUGACGGUUCCUUAACGCAGGGGGAUCCUGGAGACCAACGGAAACAAGAAAUUGGAGAUGUUCUGCAACAAAUCAUGACAAUCACAGACCAGAGUUUGGACGAAGCCCAAGCGAGGAAGCACACCCUGAACUGCCAUAGAAUGAAGCCCGCCCUGUUCAAUGUUUUAUGUGAGAUCAAAGAAAAGACAGUGCUAAGUAUACGAAACACACAGGAGGAAGAGCCCCCAGACCCGCAGCUCAUGCGCUUGGACAACAUGCUCAUCGCGGAGGGCGUGGCCGGCCCCGAGAAAGGGGGCGGGUCGUCUGCGGCGGCCAGUGCCACCGCCGCUGCCUCGGGGGGUCAGCCCGACAGUGCCAUAGAACACUCGGACUACCGCGCCAAGCUGGCUCAGAUACGACAGAUCUACCACACGGAGCUGGAGAAAUACGAGCAGGCGUGUAACGAGUUCACCACCCACGUCGUGAACCUCCUGCGAGAACAGAGCCGCACCCGCCCCAUACAGCCCAAAGAGAUCGAGCGGAUGGUGGGAAUCAUCCGGAAGAAGUUCUCUGCCAUUGAGAUGCAGCUCAAGCAGAGUACCUGCGAGGCUGUCAUGAUCCUGAGGUCAAGGUUUCUCGAUGCCAGACGAAAAAGGCGGAAUUUCACCAAGAGUGCAACGGAGAUUCUCACCGAGUAUUUUUACUCCCACCUGAGUAACCCAUAUCCUAGUGAGGAAGUGAAGGAGGAGCUAGCCCGGAAAUGUGGGAUCUCCGUGUCGCAGGGUCGAGCAACUACAGCCUGCCGUCGUCGCAGUCCCAGCUGGGAGGUCAGGGCGCCAUGUACAUGAACAUCAACGGAGGGGAGAGCUACCCGGGGGGAGAGAACUCUUGGGGACUUGAAGACUCUGAGUGAGGUGUAUCAGUAGAGAAUGAGGUGAGAGGGAGCGUGCUGCUGUGUACAGGAAGUUCAUCGCCCACCACUGUCGUCACCGUUACCACCACCACCAUCAUCGUUAUUACAUCGUGUCACCGCCACCAUCGGGACGUCGUGUCGCCGACAACACCACCGCGGCCCUCCCCCCUCAGAAAGUUAAUUCAUUCUGGGCACCAGCAUUAUAUGGGAAAGUUUUGCGCCUGUGCGUCGUGGCACUUUAGAAGGAGAGAAACAUUUGUGAAGCAUCGUGGUGAAAUCAGGCGCUCGUCAAAAGAAUCAAAUAAAAGAAAUCUGCAUUUUCCCGCCCGUUUUUGCAAUUUUUAUAGAAUUUUUACUUUUUGGCUCCACACCUUUUAGGUUCUUUUAAAAAUACAUUGCUGUGUGGAAUUUGACUGAAAGACGAUGAUUUAAAGGUACAGAAAAUGUAAGUCUACUGUAGCAAAGGACUCUAAAGCUUUGGGAGUCUCCAAACUUUGGCGGCCAUUUUCUCUCUGAUUUUACUGUUGAAACCAGGCAACCCCCACCUCCUUCAAUUUCAAAUAGUUGGAACUCUCUUGUAGAUAUGGGCUUAUCGAUUAUUUUUUCGUCCAAAGCAAUCAAAAUGAAUAAGCUUUAAGAUAAUACCAAUAACUCGGUAUUCCCCAAGAUUUGACGAGCGCCUGAUUCCACCGCGUCUUGACAUUGUUUUGUGUAACUGACGACGUCUCCCGACCAGAAGAAGCUGUCACCAGCCUGCCGACUGUUUGUGAAGGGAAGGAACUUGUGGAGACCCUGGGCAGAAAGUCUGGGGCCGUCGUGCCACCGUGUUUGUGUAGUUUACUGAAGUUGCUCACUCAUGGCUGGGAGCGAAUGUGACGGCAAAUUUUUGUGAGACUGGUAUGAUGAUAGAUCUAUAGUGUUUUUCCUUUUUUGUGAUAGCCCGGGUACUUGUUUUAUUCCGUUUGUUAUGGGAGUAGAAUUUCUUUGUACUUUUUAUUUUUUAAGAUAGAUUGCAAUGUUAAAAGUUUUAUUUGUUGUUGUUUUUUUAACGGCUGGGGAUGGAAGUUUUGUUUUAUUUAUGGAUUUUUAUGACUUGAGUGUGCGCGAGUUCUCGUGAGAACCAGUCAGUUAUAUGUUCAUGUUGUGAGAGUACGUGAACUUUUUUUGUCCAUCCGUGAUCUAAGAGUCUACCGUGUACAUACUGUUGUUGUGUCGUGUGUGUGAGGACGUUAGCGGCUUUGUCGUUUUGAAGAUGAUGCGUGUUGUGAGCUUCUAAAUGUACUGUUUUAAGGGCUAUAGCCUGUUGUGGGAAGAGUUGUGGAUCAUUCCGGAUAUAUCCUGUGGGGGUGGGGGGGGGGGGGGGGUGUGUGUGUGUUAAGCUCAUUGUCAAAGCCUCUGGGGCGGUGAGUGUUUAGCUGACGUCACAACUCCAGCUGUUUGGCGUAAUGGUUUAAACGUGUGGUGACAGAAAAUGCUCAGUUCUAUCAAGAAUAAUCAGCCUGGUGAUGUUACAGGUAUGAGUUCUCUCAUAGCGUGUCUUGGGACUGAGGAAAAAAAUGCUAGCGGUUUAACACUUGCCACCCAUGCAGCGCCAACACUUAUCCCCCACGAUCCAGGAUACAGGUGCAGUAAACGCUAUAUAUAUCACACCGUCGCUGAUCGGCGUCCCGUGGGGAAAAGGUAUGGCUUCUUACUGUCGCCGGCCCGUGGGGGCAAAGUGUUGAAGUCUUCUACGUUUCCGCUUCCCUCCCUUGUAUCAGAAACUUAACCUGGAGGUCUUUUGCAUAAUUAAUUAUAUCCCUUUCAACGGGUUAGAGGGGAUUUGAAAAUGAGUCUGAUCAACUCUUGGCUCUUGGCCACUAGCGUCUGUCGUGGUUGUGUGCUCGACAUGUUUAGAAAGUUAUUUUGAA